GGAGGAUUAAACAGUGAAGUUAACUAGAGUGCGCGCGCCUGUCCUGCUCUUAUGUUGAGAGAGGAGACUGCGGGUCGGACUAUCCAUCACCUUUAACGCUCAACCCGAUGGAGCUGCUUUUAUCACCGUAGACAAUCUGGACAUGGAAUCGAAUGGAAAAUGAGUCCAGUGCGCAAACUGCACUGAGGAACUUUUUCUGGCAUCGCUUGGAAUUUGUUCUUAUACUUAAACAGUGGCUUGAAAAAACAAAUGCAAAAUGAGUAACAUCUAUGAGUCCGCUGCCACCACGCUGGGCCUCUUCAACAGCCCAUGUCUGACAAAAGUGGAGCUCCGUGUGGCCUGUAAAGGAAUAUCUGACAGGGAUGCUCUGUCCAAGCCUGACCCCUGCGUUGUCCUCAAGAUGCAGUCCCACGGGCAGUGGUUUGAGGUGGAUCGGACAGAGGUGAUACGCAGCAGCAUCAUUCCAGUUUUCUCCAAAGUCUUCACAGUUGACUACUAUUUUGAGGAAGUGCAGCGCCUCCGCUUUGAGCUCCAUGACAUCAGUAGCAACCAUAAUGGACUCAAAGAGGCUGACUUCCUUGGCGCUAUGGAGUGUACGCUUGGACAGAUUGUAUCACAAAGAAAACUGUCUAAAUCUUUACUGAAGCAAGGAAACACAACUGGCAAAUCAUCUAUUACAGUCACAGCUGAAGAGCUAUCUGGGAAUGAUGACUACGUGGAGCUCGCCUUCAGUGCCAAGAAACUGGAUGACAAGGACUUUUUUAGCAAGUCGGAUCCAUUUCUGGAAAUCUUCAGAGUGAAUGAUGAUGGCACAGCAUCACUGGUGCACAGAACAGAAACCAUUAUGAACAAUCUCAGUCCUGUCUGGAAAUCCUUCAAAGUUUCUUUAAACACACUCUGCAGUGGAGACCAUGAGCGGGAGUUAAAGUGUACAGUAUGGGACUGGGAUUCUAACGGCAAACACGACUUCAUAGGAGAAUUUCAAACCACCUUCAAGGAGAUGAAGUCAGCCAUGGAUGGGAAGCUGGCAUUAUCACAAGAGAAACUACAAACUGAUCUUGGCCAAAAGAUCCAGUGGGAGUGUAUUAAUCCUAAGUACCAAGUGAAGAAGAAGAACUACAGAAAUUCUGGAAUGGUAAUUCUUACCCUGUGCAAGAUCAUAAAGAUGCACUCUUUCCUGGAUUACAUCAUGGGAGGUUGUCAGAUUCAGUUCACAGUGGCGAUUGAUUUCACCGCCUCAAAUGGUGACCCUCGAAACAGCUGCUCCCUCCACUACAUCCACCCUUAUCAGCCCAAUGAGUACCUCAAAGCACUGAUCGCUGUUGGGGAGAUCUGCCAGGAUUACGAUAGCGACAAAAUGUUUCCCGCUUUUGGCUUUGGAGCCCAAAUCCCACCAGACUUCAAAGUUUCUCAUGAUUUUGCUGUGAAUUUUGAUGAGGAUAACCCAGAAUGUGCUGGUAUUCAAGGUGUUGUUGAGGCUUAUCAGAACUGCCUCCCAAAAAUCCAGUUGUAUGGUCCCACUAAUAUCGCUCCCAUCAUCCAGAAGGUUGCCAACUCGGCCUCCGAGGAGAUGCAUACCAAAGAGGCCAUGGAGUACUUUAUACUGCUAAUCCUGACGGAUGGAGUAAUCACAGACAUGGCAGAUACACGAGAGGCCAUCGUUCACGCCUCCCACCUGCCCAUGUCUGUCAUCAUCGUCGGUAUAGGCAGCGCGGAUUUCAGCGACAUGCAGAUGCUGGAUGGUGAUGAUGGAAUCCUCCGCUCUCCUAAAGGAGAACCAGUCCUGAGGGACAUUGUGCAAUUUGUGCCCUUCCGCAACUUCAAACAUGCCUCUCCUGCAGCGCUGGCUAAAAGUGUGCUGGCUGAGGUUCCCAAUCAAGUGGUGGAUUACUACAAUGGAAAAGGCAUCAAGCCCAAAUGCAUGUCGGACUAUGAGUCUUCCAGGGCGUUCAGUCCCUGAGCUACGCAGAGCCAUAUAAGCAGCCUCAGAGUCUCAGCUUCAAGAUAUCUUCAUUGAUCAUUUCAGAGCUUGCUGCAUCAGUUUAGGCAUCGAGAAGCAGGUCCAUCAUUGUUGUUGUUGUUUUUUUUUACUCAGGUUUUCAAUAGCAUUGGGCAAAAAUGUCCACAGCUGUUCAUAUUUUCUUCUUACGCAGCUGUUAGUGAUAUUAAAGGUGCACUUGUCUUGGACUUAAAGUCACCAUUAAAGGGUUAGUUCACCUAAAAAUAAAAAUUCUGUCAUUAAUUACUCACCCUCAUGUCGUUCCACACCCAUAAGACCUUCGUUUAUCUAUGGAACACAAAUUAAGAUAUUUUUGAUGAAAUCCGAGAGGUAUAUGACUCGUCCAUAGACAGCAAUUUAACCACCACUUUCAAGGUCCAGAAAGGUACUAAAGACAUUGUUAAAAUAGUUCAUGUGACUGCAGUGGUUCAACCUUAAUUUUAUGAAGCAACAAGGAUACUUUUUGUGUGCAAAAACAAAACAAAAAUAACGACUUUAUUCAACAUUAUCUUCUCUUCUGUGUCAUUCUCUUACGCUGUUUAUGUUCAGCGCUUUCAGGUUCUACAUCAGAACGCCGACUCAUUAUUGGCCGGCUCCUGCGUCAGCAUCACACGCAUGCUUUGUGUUGCUCACGUGAACAGCUUCGGCCAAUACUGAGCCGGCGUUCUGACAUAGAACCUGAAAGCGCUGAACGUAAACAGUGCAAGAGAAUGUAAGAGAAUUUUUUUACAGAGGUAAAAGUCAUGAGAAACAGCCAUGGUCGAAUAUUACUCUUUUGGAGUCGACUCCCCAUCACUGGUGUUCUCAAUCGAGAAGCCGUUUCAAUCAGAUAUAUGUCAGAAUAGGGAAGAAAAGAUUAUUACAAUUUCCAUUUCAUGCUGGUGAAAAAAUUCUGUCUGAUCAUCACAUACAAUUUCUUUCAGACAAGUUAUGUAAAAAGCAGGGCUGAAUAAAAUGCAGAUUCACUCUCUGACAUUAUGUGACGAUCAUAUGAUAUACACAAAGGAAUUCUGACCCCCACUUGUCACAGAAAAGAAGUCAAACAGUAUUUACAUGUUUUCAAACAGCCAUUCAGAUUUUUGUAUUUACUAUGAUAUUUCACCAAAUACAAGAAUACAGAGACGAGAGACGGUUUCAGAUUGUUCAUCUGUAAUUCACUGUCACUUAGUAGUAGUAAUAGUCUGUUCAUGAGCACCACAAAGUUAUAGUUUUAUGUAACAGCAGCAGCUCUGGGCAUGUGACCAAAAGUUCAAAUCUUAUUGGUAGGCCAGUUUCUUUGCAGUGCGAUGAAAAAGAAAUUUGAAUACCUUUCCGUAAAAAAUUUACGGAAAUUUAAAUAAAUUUAUGUCAGUCUGAACAGACAUAUUAACAGCUAUUCAUUCAAAUUAAAAGGUUUAUCGCAUCAAAUCUUCGCACCAAACAUUUAUGUCGACGUGAACAGGCCUUUAUACUGGCCUGUUAUAUAUUGCUGUGAAUAUAGGAUUACACAAAAGCAAAGGUUUGUGGUCACUGAUGCCAAUUUAGAAACAAUCUAUUUGCAUUCAGCCAUGAUUCAUUUGUUCCAUAAGUGAAAGAGUCUGAUAACAGGGGAGUUACCAAGGUGAAUAGUAUUCAGCUGGUUAUGUGAUCACAACAUGGCCGCCCUCAUGAGGCGACCCACCCUCCUGUGAGAUGAUUUUAAACAUUUUUUAAAAUUACUGUUAAUUAUGUAUAAAAGGUUUUAAUGUGGUAGAAAUCACUGAGUGCACCUUUAACAUGACAGUGGGAUAGAUUCCCUUCACUGCAACCAAACCAGUCUGCAAGAACCUUUUGAUCUACCAUAACCUACUCUGUGUAAAUAGAAGAAAAGCCGAAAACUGUGGACAGUCUUCCUUUAGAUUCAGAUGGCAGGCUGAUUCCAACUUGCAUUUGUUCAUUAGUGCUGUCUUUCUUUUUUUUAUUUCUUUUCUUUUUUUUCUUUUUUUGCUAGAUAUUAUUAUUUUUGGUGGACCUGCUAUACAAGGGCUAUAUAGUCCAAUAUAGCAUAAUAUUCUAAUACGUAAUAGUUUAGGAGGCAAGUGAUUAUCAGUUUUUGGCCAGUGCAUGACCAAUGCUCAGUUAGUAAACACUGUUAGUCCUCUAUAAUCCGAAGUGCAACCAUUUAAUUGCUUUAUUUAAUUUACCUACAAAUUUGGAGUUUGGAGUCGGUAGAUUUUAAAGUUUGUUUUUUUUUGUUUUUAUUUCAAAAUGUAAUUUAUUCCUGUGAUAGCAAAGCUGAAUUUUCUGCAGCAAUUACUUCAGUUUUCAGUGUCACAUGAUCCCUCAGAAAUCCUUCUAAUAUGCGGAUUUGGUGAAUAGAAAUUUCAAAAGAACAGUAUUAAAUUUAAAUAGAAAUCUUUUGUAAUAUUUUGAAUGUCUUUACUGUCACUUUUGAUCAAUUUAAUACGUCCUUGCUAAAUAAAAGUAAAAAAAUAAAUAAAAAAAUCUCACCGACCCCAAACUUUUGAACUGUAGUGUAUUUAUUUUUUAACUUAUUUUUGAUGUGAGGCCUUUACGACUUACAAAUGUUACAUACAAUUAAGUGUAUUGUAUAUAGCUCUAUAAACGAAUGAAUAUUUAUUGGAAAGCAUGUGGAAUGGACUCAAUUCUGUGAAUACAGUAUUUAGGGAUUAUUUGUUUUUGUUCUUUUCUACAGGUUUCUUGACAUUGGUUUUACAGAGUUUCUUAAUCUAACAUAAUAAAGUCCCUUUCAGAUGUUUGAAAUUAGGUGUGUAAUUCUGGUGUUGUAUUAGACACAUUUCUCUUUUCCUUUUACGCUUUCCUUUUUUUUUUUUUCUUCCUUCUGUUUGGAGUGUGUGUGUGUGUGUGUAUGUUUGCUUACUACAGCAGCCAGGAUUGUAUUUUGCAUGUUGCCAAUAAAAAAUGUUUUUCCCA